AUGUUUGCCAUGGAUGUGCUGAAGACGUGUGCGCUCCUUAUUGUGUUUGUCCUCCGUCCAGUCUCGACUGCCGUGUUGGUCAAGGGUACAGCCCACAGAAACCUGUUCUCGGAAAGGAGUUGCUGCAGGAGACAAAGCCACUUCAUUUAUGUUGGGCAAGAUAUCUCUGGUAGUCCAGUCAGUGUGGACGUUGGUGUGUGCAGGCCCACCUGUGGCGGAGGUCAGAGGACACCCAAUUCACAUGGACUGCCAGGAUAUUCAAAACACUCGUCCAUGCUGGACUACCUCAGGAGCAAAAAGUUGCGCGACCGUGCUUCUCCUGACGCCGUGGGUAUGGGUAACGUGCCCUCCUGCGGCAAAUCUUCGACCUGUGAGCCGACCGGAGUACGUGUGGAGCGGGUGCUUCUGAUGGAAGGUCUACGAGAAGUAGAGGUCAUUGACGAGUGUCACUGCGAACUCAAACUGGAGCAAUGCGUUCGCAUGCCCGCCCUGAAGACCUACUUAUUUGAGACACCGUACGAGACUGUCGUCGACGUGGGGAAGUGUUCUAGUUCGACGGAGUUUCCAGAGGGUUUCUCCUGCGUCCCUGUUAAAUUUGACUCAGCUCUGGUGGAGACUCCUGAUAAACUUGAGCUGAUUCGGACACUGAGUGCUUGUGAGCUGAGAGAAAGUUGCUACAGGGUACCGUACAUCGAAUAUCAUUAUGAAGUUGUCCACAACUCUAAUGGAGUAAAAGAAGAGAAGAUUAAGGAAAUUGACAUUGGCAGAUGUUUAGGAAGCUGCGGGCCAGGAAACCGAUGCCUUCUCAGGAGCACGACUGAUCCAGACCAGUGUCUGAUGUGGGAGGAGGGUGCGUCCAGCUCCUGUGUUCCUGUGGGGUACCAGAGCCAUGUGUUCAGGAGCCGGCUUGGACACAUCCGCAACAUCCUGUCCAUCUCUUCCUGCCAAUGCCAGAAGUGA